UUUGUUUAUGACAUCAACUGUAAUUGCGAACUUUUAUAUUUACUUUAGAUGUUUAGGAAAAGUGCACAAUUUUACGGACAGAUUGUCGGAAUGGAGUUUAUUUUAAAAAAGGAAUAUAUUUGUAAAUAUAGCUUCAACAACAAACAUCGUUGAAUGUUGAUAUGUAAAUAAUGACUGUGUUACAGUAGUUUCAUGCACAUCUGUAAUAAAUAAUCUUCCAGCCUAUUACGUCAGUUUCUGAUGCUAUAAAAGAUGGGAACAUAAUAGAUAUCAUUCACAUACAGCUAGCAACUGUCAAAAUAUCAAUAUGAGGUUCAUUUUUAUCCUUGCCUUCAUUGCCUGUUUGAUUGCUGUUGCAACAUCAGCACAUUGCCCAUUAGGUUGCAAAAGAAACUACAAGCCUGUCUGUGGCAAGAAACUAGUUAAAGGAUAUUGGAAGAAGAAGACAUUUUCAAAUGAUUGUGAAAUGAGAAAUGAAAAUGAAUGUUAUGGAGGUGAGUAUAUUCCUUGUAGUGAGGAUUAUGAGGAUUAAACUCCAGAACCCAAUUGAAAUAAACGUCAAAGAAAAAUGAUUAUGCAGUUGUGAUUUCUUUGUUAUUUGAUGCUUAUCUCUCAUAGAAUAACUACAUUUUUUUUUUUUUUCAGCAGAUAUUUUAUUGUAAGACUUUUUCAAAGAUUUUUAUCCAUCAUAUUUUAAUUAGAUUCGAAUAUAUUUUUCCUUUAAUAGAGUAUGGUAGCCUAAUUAAAAUUUAUUGAUAUGUUUUAACGUAUGAAUGUACGUAAUCGUUCCUAUAGAUUUGUAUAAAUAAAAGCAAUAAUUUAUACUAUUUUCUUUA